UGGCUCGCCGGGCCCCGCGUCCCCGGCCCGGCCGUCUGUCCGUCCCGUCGCGUCCGCGCGUCCCGCCUGCCCCCAACGCCGGCCAUGAGCUCCACGCAGUUCAACAAGGGCCCCUCGUACGGGCUCUCGGCCGAGGUCAAGAACCGGCUCCUGUCCAAAUAUGACCCUCAGAAGGAGGCGGAGCUCCGCAGCUGGAUCGAGGGGCUCACGGGACUCUCCAUUGGCCCCGAUUUCCAGAAAGGCCUGAAGGAUGGAGUCAUCUUAUGCACACUCAUGAACAAGCUGCAACCAGGCUCAGUUCCCAAAAUCAACCGCUCCAACCAGAACUGGCACCAGCUGGAGAACCUGUCCCACUUCAUCAAGGCCCUGGUGAGCUACGGCAUGAACCCCGUGGACCUGUUUGAGGCCAACGACCUGUUUGAGAGUGGGAACAUGACGCAGGUGCAGGUGUCUCUGCUCGCCCUGGCGGGGAAGGCCAAGACGAAGGGGCUGCAGAGCGGCAUGGACAUCGGUGUCAAGUAUUCGGAGAAGCAGGAGCGGAACUUCGACGACGCCACCAUGAAAGCCGGCCAGUGCGUCAUCGGGCUGCAGAUGGGCACCAACAAGUGCGCCAGCCAGUCGGGCAUGACGGCCUACGGCACCAGACGGCACCUCUAUGACCCCAAGAACCACAUCCUGCCGCCCAUGGAUCACUCUACCAUCAGCCUGCAGAUGGGCACCAACAAGUGUGCCAGCCAGGUGGGCAUGACGGCGCCGGGGACCCGGCGGCACAUCUACGACACCAAGCUGGGCACCGACAAGUGCGAUAACUCCUCCAUGUCCCUGCAGAUGGGCUACACGCAGGGCGCCAACCAGAGCGGCCAGGUGUUCGGCCUGGGCCGGCAGAUAUAUGACCCCAAGUACUGCCCGCAAGGCCCCGCGGCCGACGGGGCUCCCGAGGGUGCCGGCGACUGCCCAGACCCCGGAGAGGCCCCCGAGUAUCCCCCCUACUGCCAGGAGGAGGCAGGCUACUGAGCCCCCAUCGUGGGUCUCCCCACAUCAUCACCCUAUCUGGGUUUUGGCGUUUUUUUGUGUUUUCAUCUUGUUUUUCUUCGUGUUUGUGGGCUGCAGGUGGGGCUGGUGGGGAGCAGGCAGGGGCUGUUUUCUCCACCUUCGCCUGGUUUCUUAGCAGUUCUGAGCUGCCAGGCUGGGUGGGGGGAAGGCUGUGUCUGUAUCCGUGUGGGGUGGGGGUCUCUGCUGGAGCUUGCCCAUCCAGGAAGCAAAUUUCCGGGCCCGAUCUGUGUUGGAGAGAAAGCAACCUGGGAGAAGAGGGGAGGGGAGGGGAGGGGAACCAGCCCCAAACAGUUUCCGGUUGCUUCUUCUGUCUUCCCUUUUCUCUGCUGAUCAGUUUGUGGUUUCUGUACCCGCAGAAACUUCAGGCAGUUCUCAAAGAAAGAAAAAUAACUUUUUUUUUUUUUUUCUGGGUGACUGGGACAGGGAUGGUGGGUGGGGGAUGCUGGGCCGGGCCACAAUCCAGAUAUUGAGUUUUCUAGGACCCUCAGACCCCCACCCUGACCCCUCCCAGGAGCCCGGGGGAAACCAAGGCCCAGCCAGAACCUGGAGGGAGUUCUGGGUACUGAGAAAAAGUCAGACAGCCCCCCUGCUUGCCCCCACCUGCCCUAAACUGUUGGACUACCCUGUCCCCCUGCCUUGUCCCCUGCCAAGUGCUGCACAGGGACCCCCACCCCAGAGCCCCCACCCGGGAGUCCGGGGUCUGUGAGAUAAUGUGAAAUACUGUGGACCAAACUCAAUAAAAACCUCUGUUUUAGCAAAA